AGAUUUAAAAACACUGAAGCCAUUGGAGCAGAAGUAACUCGUUUGGUGAGGCUGGAUCCUGGAGCUGUUAGCGAUAUCCCAGAAGCCAUACGGCAUCUGGUCACUUUGCAUACCAUUGAUGCCGAUGCCCCAGAGCUGAGCCAUAUUUUAUGUUGGGCACCUACAGAUCCACCAACUGCCCUCUCUUACUUUUCAAGUUUAUAUCCACCACAUCCACUGACUGCACAGUAUGCUGUAAAAGUGCUGCGUUCGUUUCCUCCGGAUGCAAUUCUGUUCUACAUUCCGCAAAUUGUUCAAGCUCUCCGAUACGAUAAGAUGGGAUAUGUGAGAGAGUAUAUCUUGUGCGCAGCAGCCAAAUCUCAGCUUUUAGGUCAUCAGUUUAUUUGGAACAUGAAAACCAAUAUAUACACUGAUGAAGAAGGCAGUCAUAAGGACCCUGAUAUUGGUGAGUUACUGGAACAACUGAUAGAAGAAAUCACUGGUUCAUUAUCAGGCCCAGCUAAGGACUUCUACCAGCGAGAGUAUGACUUCUUCAACAAAAUCACCAAUGUUUCUGCUAUCAUCAAGCCAUAUCCUAAAGGUGAAGAAAGGAAGAAAGCUUGUCUGAAGGCCUUAUCUGAGGUUAAAGUCCAGCCUGGUUGUUACCUUCCCAGUAAUCCAGAAGCUAUU